AUGGCGGAGCUUACCUUCAAUAAACCAACUGAGGUCGAAGCGCCCGGAUACGGUAUUUGGGUUCACCACCGCCUCAGCGCCCCCGAUCUCACACUGAUCGACUUCGACUUCGAUGUCGGCAGUUCGGUAGAACCAACGUUUGACGGACACAAGCUCAUCAUGAAAGGGAGCGGAACUUCUGGCCUCCUACGAUUUCGCUCUUCCAACGGCGAAGAGGUUGGCAUCGUAGUCGGAGUUCACAACUACAAGCGCUGGUGCCACAUCGUGACCGACUUUGGCAUUAAUGAGACUAGCCAUGCACGACGUGCUAAGUACUACAGCGACGACGCAGCUUUCUCUGGUCAGCUAUGGGCGCAGGCCGAAUCCUUUACCACGACGUCGAGUAAGGGAAGACCGGUUUUGAUUGACUACUUUGUCAAGGAAGGGAACGAUAUGCACGCUACUGUCAAGUACUAG